UCGAUAAUAGCCGAGCAACUGUCACUGCACGUUGUUUAUAAACAUUAAAAGAUUUCAUUAGAAAUGCCUAUAGAUUGCAAGGCUAAAUGUGGCAACCGGGCCAGUUUAAAGCGGCCUAAAACCGGUGAUGCUUUGUGCAAGGCCUGCUUUUUUGCCGCAUUUGAGGCUGAGAUUCAUCAUACAAUUACUACCAGCAAGCUUUUUAGACCUGGCGAGAAGGUUGCAGUGGCCGCCAGUGGUGGCAAAGACUCAACAGUUCUAGCGCAUGUUUUAAAAUUGCUCAAUGAGCGCCAUAAUUAUGGGCUAGAUUUGAUGCUGCUUUCCAUUGAUGAAGGCAUAACAGGCUAUCGGGACGACAGUCUGGAAACGGUUAAACAAAAUCGCGAUGACUAUCAAAUGCCACUGAAAAUCCUAUCCUAUGAAGAGCUUUAUGGCUGGACUAUGGAUCGAAUUGUGGCGCAAAUAGGUCGCUCCAAUAAUUGUACAUUUUGUGGCGUUUUUCGUCGCCAGGCUUUGGAUAGAGGAGCAAAGCUAUUGGGUGUGGACAGCAUUGCCACUGGCCAUAAUGCCGAUGACAUUGCAGAAACUGUGCUAAUGAAUAUUCUGCGAGGCGACACAGCUCGAUUGCGUCGUUGCACGGAUAUUCGAACGGGCGGUGGCGAGGACUCCAUACCCCGAGUAAAGCCACUCAAAUACAGCUACGAAAAGGAGAUAGUCAUGUAUGCGCACUAUAAGAAAUUGGUUUACUUUUCCACCGAGUGUGUGUUUGCUCCAAACGCAUACCGAGGACACGCGCGAGCUUUUCUCAAGGAUCUGGAAAAGGUGCGGCCCUCUGUUAUAAUGGACAUUAUUUAUUCGGGCGAGCAACUGCGAUUCAAGGAUACCGUGAAGAAGCCCGUACGCGGCAAUUGCGAACGCUGUGGCUUUGUCUCCUCGCAGCAGCCAUGCAAGGCAUGUGUGCUCCUAGAAGGACUUAACCGAGGGCUACCCAAACUGGGCAUAGGCAAGAAAUCAAAAGGCGAUCGAAUGAUUGCUAAACAGAACCAGGAACUAGCUUUAAGAGAACGUGCUAAUCUAGUAAAAAACGAUUUUUAGUUUCAA